AUGAACGUCACCAAAAACGGCAAAAGCGAACUAGGAUGCAUGUUCAUCUCCCCAAAAUCCCACGCCUGGAGCUACCCGGCCAUCUAUGCAGAUGAUGGACAACUCCCACAAAUGCUUAAACGGCGAGGUGCCCAGAUCAAACAAAGCCCUAUGACGAGAUACACAAAAUUCACACUACCAGGUACAGAAGAGAGCUUCGUGACUGUCCUCGAUCCCCAGACGUUCCCAUCUUACAAAGACAUCCACGAAAACCAGACCAUAAACGAAGGGGCAGUCCUCGUAACAGCCGUAAACGUCACGCAGGUAGACCUCUCAGCAAUCGGAGGCCCCAAAGACGGCUGGGUUCAAGACGGCCUCUUCUACGAAAUCGACAUCAAGACAAACGAAACUCUCUUCCGCUGGAUUACCGUCGAGUAUCUCCCCGAAACCCCCCUCCUCGGUAAGGGGACAAGCAAGACCAGUCCAUACGAAUAUCGGCAUCUGGACGCUGUAGCCAAAUACGGCGAUUCAUACCUCAUCUUCUUCCGCUUCUUGUGCAGUAUCUUCCUCAUGCAUCAACACGGCAACGUAACCUGGCAUCUACACUGCCAAAAAGGCACCGACUCGACUCUCUCGCCAGGCACAACCUUCUGCUACCAACACAACCCUCAAAUCCAAAGCCACGCGGAAGAAAGGAUGACCCUCCACCUGCACAACGAAAACGCCGAGAUCACCUCCCAGACUACAAAGACAACCGGCAUGACCCUAGGACCUUGCGGAGCCCGUCUUCGCCGACACGGUGUCGUUCCAAAGUUGGAGGAUUAUGAUGAACAUGGAGCGCUGGUUUUGGGGGCGCAGUUUGGGUUCCAUAAAUCAACCGUGUCAUAUAGGGGGUAUCGGUUCCCGCGGGCGGGGAGGCCAAGGGCGAAGCCCGAUGCCGUUGAUUGUCCUGAAGGAGAGAUGGGUGGUGCACUUAACAAUAGAUUUGAGACUAAGGCCGUCUUAGACAAGGUGUUGCACAAGGCUGUUGUUGAGGCUGUUGGCGGGGUGGGCAAUGGGAUGAAAUCGGAAAUUGUUGUUGGACAGGGUUGUUGA